AUCAUGGUAGGACCAUGACACUCAAUUAUCAAAAAAUGAACAUGUUAAAUGAAACUGUAAGCAAACAUUAGAAAAUAGAAAAAUAUAUUGAGAAGUUAGAAAUAAAAUCUAAUAGUAAAACACCCAAAAAAGAUAACAACAAAAGUUAUUAAAAUCUUAUUCGUAUUUUAUGUUUAACACGUAAGCAAAAUCUUAUCGUUUACAAAAUCUACAAUAAAUUUGUUAUCCUUUAAUUAUCCGAAUGAUUUUUUUCUAAUCUUAUACGAGAAGAAUUUCAUUUGUUUACAAUUUCGUUAUAAAUACUAAGAUAAGGAAGAACAAAGCAUUUGCGAGAAGCAAAAUCAUAAUAAAUGGCACUGCUAGUCCCGGCAAAAGGCGAUACAAAGUCAUGACAAAAGAUAUUGAUGUAAUGAGGAGUGAAUCUGAUGAUGAUGAUGAUGAUCUAUGAGGUAAAAUAGAGUACUAUUUGCACACUAGGUUAAGUCAAAUUCUACUGAUUGAUGUAGAUCAAAUUCUGCUGGUCGAUUUAGGAGAUGCGCUGAGAAAGUUUAGUAUGUUCCUACUAGAGAAAUGAAAGAACAAGAACCCCAACAGCUUAUAUAUGAGUCUAGAAUAUGGGGAUCGGAAGAAGAAAAAUUUGUGACAUGUGAAGGAAUAAAGUCUUAAAGUUGCAAAUUGAGUACCAGAGAGUUCUUACUGUGGAGAAAAGAAGAAGUAAGAAAAUAUGCUUCGGACAUUGUCAUUCUUUUGUUGUUACUUGGUCAUUACGAUAACUUAAUGUUAUUUUUUGGUUCUAAGUUUCGCCAUAUUAGUGUUUCAAAAAAAAAAGAAAAAAAAAGUCUCGCCAUAUUCACUCCAUCGUUUUAAGUAAUACAUACUUUUCUUAUAUCAAUUUCGUAUUUUUUUUCAGAAUUUUAACUAGUUGAUAAAAUAUCAAAUAUAUAUUUAAAUUCAAAUUUAAAUAGAAAAUUGAAAAAUAUAUUGAGAAGUUAGAAACAAAAUCUAAUAGUAAUACACCCCCAAAAGAUAAUAACAAAAGUUAUAAAAUUUUAUUCGUAUUUUAUGUUUAACACGUAAGCAAAAUCUUAUCGUUAACAAUGAAAUCUAUAAUAGAUUUCAUUGUUAUCCUUUAAUUAUCCGAAUGAUUUUUUUUCUAAUCUUAUACGAGAUGAAUUUCAUUUUCUUAUAAUUUCGUUAUAAAUACUAAGAUAAGGAAGAGCAUAUCAUUUGAGAUAAGCAAAAUCAUAAUAAGUGGUACUACUAAUCUCAACGAUAAGCCAUAUAAAGUUAUGAACAAAGAUAUUGAUCUAAAGAGGAGCAAAUCUGAUGAUGGUGAUCUAGCAAGUAAACCUAGAUUACUACUUGCAAACCAGGUUAGGUCAAAUUCUACUGGUUCAUUUAGGUCAAAUUCUCUUGAUCGAUUUCUGAGACGUGCUGAGAAAGUUUGGGCAGUUUCUACCAUAGAAAAGAAAGAUGUUGAAUCUCAAAAGCCUAUACUGGAGUCUAAUGAGCCUAUACUGGAGUCUAAUCAGGGUACAGUAGAAGAAGAAGAAAAAGUUGGUGAUCUGGUGCAGGUGGGACAACACAACUAUUUCAUAGUUGACAUCUUCGAGAAAGAGAUCAUGGAGUUGGGAGACAAAGUGGAUCUAAACUUCAAGACAUUCAACAACUUCGAAGUUGUUGACGGAGGCGCUCCAUUGGAUCACCACUUCUACAAAUACAAGUGUUGUUACUCCUCUUGCUUCUGCUUUUGCACAAACAUUAAUGUUGAGAGAGAGUGGGUAAUUCUAAAGAGACAACUAGCCUUGUGGGACAAGAAGGAAGUCAGCUUCUGUGUGAGAACUUACACUGAAAGAAAAGAACUGAUGAGAGUUGCUGCAACAGUGACAAAUGGUGAUCAGAGUCACAGCUUGUUCUUCUUUGACAUUAAGUUCCCUAAGAAGUAUCCAUACCAAGCACCGAGUUUCUUCUACCAUCCAUAUGGUCUUCCUUUGAGUAAUCUUGGAACUAAAAAGAAAUUGAGACCUCAACUGCGUUACAACAUAUUAGAUGUGUUUCUCCACAUUGAAGAGAUUGUGAUGAUGAACACCACCAACAAGUCUUGUCGUCAGAUGUUGGAUAUGCUGAAACAGCCGCCCAUGGGGUUUGAGGAUUUUGUGAAGGGGCAUUUCAGGAAGAAGGGUGCUUUCAUUCUGAAGAACAUGAUGGAUGAGAUGGAUUUGGACAAGGAGAGUGAUAAGAACAUGUUCUUGAAGACUUACAUUGCCUUGGAAGACAACAAAGCUUACUGUGAGCAUCUUCUCAAUAGUGAUCUUAAAGAAGAGCUGGAGAGGUUCAAGGAGAAAGAGUCGUCACUAUGCGAGCAUAGCAGGUUCAAUGACAAUCAAGAGACAUCCAGACACCAAAACUCUUGGACCAAGUAUUCAUUUCUAUAGUUUGUGUUUAUCUUGCCUUUUUGUUGUGUGUUUCAGAGAUUUUAAUAUGGUAAAGGUUCUUAUAAGACGAACAAGUAACUUAUUAUAAAGGGUCAUAGUCAUAGUCUUGAAUAAAGUAGAUGAUGUUUUACAGCAAAAGAAACUCAUGAGUAAUACAUCAGUUCGCCUCAUCAAAAGGGUGAGUUUUUCUAAACGGUGACUGUGAUGGCUUCAUCAAGAGCGAUCACACCGGGAAGUACCUUACCUUCCAAAAGCUCCAAGCUGGCU